UGCGUUUUGACGUUUAUGUUUGUAACGUAAGCACGUCGCUGUACGUUCGAGUGAAUGUGACAGUCUAGCGCGCCAAAUUGAUACUGCUAACAAAGGAUACACAAAAUAGGACUCCUGCUUACUUAACAACAAAACGUGACUGUAAAAAAUCGGUAAUUUGCUUGAGAGGAAAUACGUUACCGGAUUAACGUACUCGGUCAAAGCUGUCACGAUGGGUUUGCUCGAGCGCUGCCAGGAGCUCUUUAAGACCUCAAACCUGUACGAGGUGCUGGGCAUCAACAAGGAAGCAGCCGAGGCAGAAAUCCGCAGGAGCUACUACAAAGUGUCGCUGAAAGUCCACCCAGACCGGGCUCCUGAGGACCCGUUAGCCACAGAGAAAUUUCAGGUGUUGGGAAAGCUGUAUGCAGUGCUGAGCGAUAAGGAGCAGAGAGCGGUGUAUGACGAGCAGGGGGUGGUGGAUGAAGAGUCUGACAUUCUGAGUCAAGACCGCUGCUGGGAAGAAACCUGGAGACAGCUUUUUCCAAAGAUUACAGUGCAAGACAUCCUCGAAUUUGAGAAAAAAUAUAAGGGCUCUGAUGAGGAACGGAAUGAUUUGAUCCAGCUGUAUGUGCAGCACCAGGGAAAUAUGGACGCCAUCACAAUGUCGGCGAUGUGCUCCUCCCAGGAAGAUGAGCCCAGGCUCUGCAGCAUCAUCCAGGCUGCCAUCGACAGCGGAGACGUUGAAUCGUUUCCAGCGUUUACUCAGGAGAGUGACAAGAAGAAGCGCGCUCGUAGGAAGAGGGCUGAUCGAGAGCGACAGGAGGCAGAAGAAAUGCAGAAAGAGAUGGGGCUCGGUGAUGAGGAUGACAGUCUCGUGAUGAUGCUUAAGCAAAGACAGACGUCCAGAGAGCAAAAUUUCAACAGUUAUCUGUCAAACCUGGAAGCAAAAUACUGCAAAAAAAGUGAGACGUCCAAGAGGGGAAAAAAAGGAAAAAAGUAAAAGGCAUACAGGCUUUGGUUAUAGAGAGAAGUGUAUAUAAAUAGCAACACUAGUUAAAAGAAAUCUUUUUAGGUUAAUAAGAGUGUUGGAGUUCAUGUAUGAGCAGCUGCCAUGCUGUUCCCUUCAAUGUGUCCUUUAUCUGGCCUCUGUAGCUCAUUGUGAUGCUCAUCAAAAUGUUAAUGGAUCUUUUAUUUCUUAUGUUUGUCUUUUGUUGAUCAUAAAUCACAAAUAAAUUCAUAUUUAUAUACA